GGAAGUAAUACACUACUCAUAAGGUUGGUGAAAAUUCUUCGACAGUCCACGACCACUUUUGUCCUUCUUGGGGCUCAUCAGUCACCAAAACCGUCUGACCUGGCAAUCAGAUUUUCGUACAAACCGCACAAGACAGCUUUAAUAGACGGUCACAUCCAGGACAGUUACUGGGACGUCACAUCGAUGGUGUCGGGCGCGUUCACCCGUUCAGACGUGAGAAUUGAGGUGCACCCAGCGUUCGCUGGUAGAAUAUUGGUAACAAGUUUGCCUCGCAUGUCAGGUGUCCGGAGUUCAAACCCCGGCACCGCCAUUGGCUUCUCCCCCGUUUGGCGUGGAUUCACCAGAAUAAUUGCGCCAGGACAGGAGGACGACUGUUCAAACGAAGGUGAUGUGAAUGUGAACAAUAAACGGAGCUCUAACUCACCUCUUGGCAUGGCCAAGCAAGAUUAUCGGCUAACAAGCCUACCGACAGUAGUAUAA